AUGAAACUCUCCAAAGAACUAGAAGGUUUGCAGAAUUUAGAGGAAUUGGAUUUCAGCUAUAAUGAUUUGCACGAUUUCGUGGCUUCUAAAGAAAGUUUGAGAAAGUUAAAGGUUGCUUAUUUGGAAGGGGUUUUUCACAAUGAAACUACAUCGCUAUUACAAGUGGUGGAGGCUUUCUCAUCAGCUAAGACCCUGUUUUUGAACAAUAAUUACUUAACCAAGAUUACUUCCUCUCAAGAGUUGAAUUUAUCCUGCAAUGUAGAAGAAAUAUCCAUGGUCGAUUCUCAUCUCGCCCAUAAUAUUCUUCAAAGCAUUGGACAAUUGACUUCUCUUAAAAGCUUGAUUUUGUCAAACGGUUCACUGACCGGCCCCUUACCUCCUAAAGGUUGCUGUGGUUUAUGGAAGCUGGAAGAGUUAGAUCUUAGUGGAAAUGCACUUGAGGGAUCAAUUCCUUCAUGUUUCUAUAACUUGACUUCUCUUGGUCUACUGGAUAUUUCAAGCAAUCUGAGUGAUCCUAGCUUUGAGCCUCAGAUCCUAAACCCAGAGUUUCAACUAAAACUCUUGAGUAUGUCAAACUGUAGAGCAAAGGGUCUUCCCAACUUCCUCCAUUACCGAACUGACUUGAGAUAUCUUGACCUUUCACAUAACAACUUGGGUGGACAAAAUCCAUCUUGGUUAUUGCAGAACAAUACAAGGUUACAACAGUUUCUCAUGGAAGGUAAUUCCUUCAAGGGUCAUCUACAGUUACCAAAACAUGCUAAUGUUAACAUGUUUCAAGUUGAUAUAUCUGGGAAUAAAAUGCAAGGCCAAAUUCCAAUGAACAUAGGCUCCAUGUUUCCGCAUCUACAGAUCUUAAACUUGUCUAGGAAUGUCUUUGAAGGAACACUGGAAGAAUUAGCUAAGAGUGGCUCAUUGUUGACUCUCAGACUUUCAAGUAAUAACUUGAGUGGGAAAAUACCACCUACAAUGUUUACCUUAGAUAAACUGCGACAGUUAUAUUUGGAUGGCAAUAACUUUGAUGGAGAGAUGCCACUGAUAGAUAUCUCAACCCUUAGUUUUCCUGCUCUUAGUGAUAUAGAUUUAAGUGAUAACCAUUUGUCUGUUGAGCUCCCAAAAUGGAUAUGGAAUGUGCCUAACUUUGAGGCAUUGGAUUUUUCCAACAAUAAUUUUUAUGGUCACUUUCCUCUUGAAUUCUGCAAUUUGAGUUUGCUUAGAUUUUUAGACCUUUCUCAGAACAAUUUUUCUGGUUCUGUUCCAUCGUGCAUCAGUUCACUAGCCAUAGAGCAUCUUCACCUGAGCAGAAAUAGACUAAGUGGUCCGCUGCCGCAUGCGCUUUACAUCUCUUCGUUGGUGGCAUUAGAUCUUGGCCAAAACAACUUGACUGGGAAAAUUCCAAUUGGGUUGCCAAUCUUUCGGCUUUGA